AUGGAAUCUUGUACUAUGUUGGGCUCUUGCAAUUGUUCUCAAUGCAUUGAUUGGAAUGCUCCAUUGUGUCAACUCUGUUUUUCUAACAGAUAUGAAAUAAAAUCUUUCCCAGAUUAUGAAACAUAUUGUGCUUCUUGUGUUCUACGAGAUAAGGAAACCAUUGUCUUUAUCAUCGGUGAUAAGAAAAAAAAUAUCGUGACAAGGAGAGGUAUAAUCAAAAACCAAACAAAUUCUCUCUUCGCAUUACUACUAAACGAUGGUAAUAUCAAACGAGAUGAUAACUAUGUCUUUGAGGUUCCGCUUAAUCCGAAGUUUCUGAAUAAAAUUGAACAUGCGCUUCAAGACCGUGAAGUGAUUACUGAAUAUGAAAACGAAGAUCUUAAAAAUGAGUUGUAUUUCUUUACCGGUGGAGUAAAUAUUGAACUACUUUUUGAAUCGGAAGAUUUAUGUUCGUGUAGCAACAAGAGAUACAAAAAGAAUUCAAAGUGCAAAGAGUAUUAUAAAAAUUUAUUGAAAGAACAUGCACCAAUAUGCAGAUUGUGUAGAGAGGGAAAG